AUGGAACGUAAACAGGAGGGAAGUCGGGUUCAGUCGGCAUGUCACCAGUGCAUCGAAGGCAAUGCUCCAUGCAACGGCCAAAUACCUUGCCACCGCUGCGGACAUUACUCACUGGAUUGCGUUUACCUCAGUCAAGCUCAGCCACCUUGUCUCGAAUGCAGUCGGACCGCUUCUGAAUGCGAUGGCGAGACGCCUUGCCAACGCUGCAGACAACGAACCGUGCAGUGCGUGUAUUCUACCAGAGUGGACUGGGACCAAAGAGCGAGUGCGUCGGCAGUCGUGGCUAGCCAAUCGGAGGAAGCUUGGCUUGAGCAAAACUCAUUUGGGUCCCGACCAGGGGAAAUAGAGACCAGACCAUCGGCAGUUGCUGUUGGGCUUGGAGAUAGCCAGGCAGCUUUGGGGGAAGGAGAGACAAGACAUGAUACUCGCGAGCCAGACUCGUACUUCAUAAUGGAACAUAACAAGGGCAUAGACGAAGACCAUUUAUCGAAAUUUAAGCCGGACAAGAAGGAGUGGAAGAUGGACAGGAAUGUAUAG